AUGAGUAGCAAAAGGCAUUUGAGAAGAUUGAUAAAAGCUGAAAAGGAAAAGUACUUAGAAAAAUUGCUGUCCGUGGGAAAAGAAAGUGCUAACAGUUCAGAGAUAAGUGAAAUGGAAACAGAAUUAGAAGAGGCGUUAGUACAAAUUGAAUUAGUUAACGAUAAUGCCGAAUCGCCGUUGUUGCCCAGCAGCAACAAAGAUAACAACAAGCCGUCGGAAGCAAAUAAUAAUAUUAAUAACAACAACAACAACAAUAGCAUUAACACUAACAAUAACGCCAUACCUAAUCACAUAUCAGCGAAAGCACACCCACACAAUUACACAGCCGUCGAUACCACCGCAAGCUCACCGUUUCAUCAAAGCCACACCAACAAUCACAAUCCCAGCGAACAAACGUCAACAACAAACAAACGUUAUCUCAACACGCUUGUGCCCAGCUCAGCGUCGCCCACUUCAUCUGGGCCGAGCAUUUACGGCACACCGGCCAGCGAAUGUCGACGUCGUAGUUCGGUAGCAUCUUUGCAGCUAUUUGAUGGCAAUACGGUGACGAUAACCACCACCACAUCGACAACACUUGAUGGUAGUGGCCAAACGGAGGAGAGUAUUAUAGAUUUGGAUGAUAACGAGUACAGUACGGAGGACACGGACGAUAUCUACAGUGAACCGAACAAUAAUAACUAUUCCACACCCACCUCAGCGGCAUUGUACAGCAACUAUCAAUACACACAAAACGCAACACCAACACACACACACCAGUACAACUUAUACCCGAGAGACUUCUUCUCCAGCCUCGAGGGCGAACGUCCGCCACAAAGCACGAAAAUGAAGACCAAAGUCGAUGCCGUUGGACGCAUAACCGGCGAAUGGGGACGCUGGCAAUUGCGCGCUGUUUUACUGAUAUUUCUCUGUAAGAUCCCAUCAUCAUGGUUUAUGGCUUGCAUUAUUUUUACAGCACCCGCACCGCGUCAUGGUGAAUUCUUUUGCAAGCCACCGAAUACGGUGGGUGCCCGCAACGAAACACUCUGGAUAAAGGUGUCACAUCCGCAGAAGGAGGAGGUUGACGAUCAGGAAUUUACUAUAGACUUUUGUAAUAUAUACCAGGAUGCACAAGAGCAUGCGCAUCACUAUUAUCGCUAUGAACAGCCCGAACUGGAACCGCGCGUAUGGGAGGAGCCGACUUCGCGCAAUUCGAAUAUCAUCCCAUGCCAGCAGUUCGAGCAUAGGGCCGAAUAUCAUUCGGUAGUGACGCAAUAUGAUUUAGUGUGCUCGCGUGACAUACUGGUAUCGGUAACGCAAUUCUUCCACUUAUUUGGCGUACUCACCGGCGGUAUAUUGGCAAAUCAUCUGCUCAAGUACUUCAGUCCAAGGAAUGUGAUGCUCUUUGGCAUGGUGACGCAGAUCUUCUGUGGUAACCUGACCGGACUUGUGGCCUCUUACGAGUUGCACGUCUUCUUUCGGUGCUUAUCGGCAAUCUGUUGCUGCCAAAUGUAUACGGCGGGCGGCAUGAUAAUGGCCGAUAUAACAGGCGGUGUUUACAAGACUUGUGUUUCGACACUUUUCGAACAAUUUUGGUCAGUCGGUGUUAUACUUUUACCAGGCGUAGCGAGCUUCUUCUCCAGCUGGUCGCACCUCUAUAUGGCCAUCUCGUGGCCAACUGUGAUACUCAUCUACCUGUGGCGUUGGAUACCUGAUUCACCACGUUGGAUGAUACAGCGUGGUCGGGUAUUGGAUGCUAAGAAUAUACUACUGCAAUGCGCUGAGGUGAAUGGCACACGCUAUGGGCUUCCUCACGAUAUCGACCAGCAGCUAGAACUGCAAGCGCAAACCGCUAUGGAUGCGCCACCACCGCCGGGUUGGUGGUCGAUUUGGAAGGGUGACAAGGUGGUGCGUAAUUUGAUUUGCGUACAUUUGGCCUGGUCCAUCUACAUUAUAGUCUACUACGGUAUGUUGCUGAACAUACGCUCAUUUAGUCGCGAGCAUCUUGAGGUGAAUACGGCGGUGGCGGGUUUGAGCGAGAUUAUCGGUACAUUUAUCGGUCUCUUCCUCAUACUAAAAACGACACGUAAAUGGUUAUGGACGGGAUUAUUCAAUGUAAUUGCGGGUCUAAUUGCAUAUUUAGGAUGGCUUGUACCAGCGGAUUUAUCCUUCGAUGUCCGCGUUGCUCUGCUCAUGCUCACGGCCAUGAUCUCUAAGGCCGCCAUCUCCACUACACUUUCUAUACUCACCACAUGCACUGUUGAGCUAGUUAGCGGUGAAAAGAAAAAGAUCGCUGCCUUCUCCGCCAUCUGUUGGGCACGUUUUUGGCUGUUGGGCGCACCAUUUAUUGGCGCUACUGUGGUCUUUGGCAUGAUGGUGCCGCAGACAGCAUUCGCGUCACUUGCAAUUGUUGGUGGUGUUUUAACCGCCCUUAUAACAAGUCCACGCACGAUUAGCAAACAGCAUACCACACUUGGCGACAGCAACCGGGCGACUGCGACACAAGUAGAAGGUAUCGAUAAUAAGGCCUUUACAACGGGAUCAACACCCAACCGUCCCAUAUUUACCAGUAUUACAAAACUGGCGGGACCGAACUCUAAUUUGCCACCACAAAUGAUGCCGGGUAUUUGGACGACGAAACAACACGAAGACAGUCCGCCAGUCUGAGUUGGCCGAAUGGUGAUAAUUA